GAAUUUAAAACGCGCCAUUGACAGAUUGUAACGUUCCGCUGGCUUUCUAUGCUAUAAAAUGAGUGCUGCAAUCGAUGUUUUAGACAUACUCGACUUCAAUGAAACAAGUCCUAAGAAAUGCGUGUUGGAUAAAGAAGCUCUACUUUCACGAACAGAUAAGAGAAAAAGUUCACGUCCUAAUCCUCAACCAAAACGACCAGAUCAUGUUCCACGUGAAGUUUGGGGCUUACAAAGUACUCUUAAUAUCAAUGAUCUUCCUCCGAUUAUGCCAGCUGAUAACACACCACUUUACAAACAACCUAAAGCUGUUAUUGGCGUUGGAAAAGUUGGUCCAUGGCAUUGGACACCUUUUACAAAUUCUGCUAGACAGGAUAAUCUAGUGUUAUAUCAUUGGCGACGAGGUGGUUCCGAAUCAGAAUCCAAUAACGAUUAUUAUUUUGCUCGUUAUAACAAGCAUGUCACUGUACCAGAAUAUACAGCAGAAGAAUAUGAAACACUGUUGAAAGAUUCAAAAUGGAGUGAAGAACGUACAGCACAUUUAAUGGAAUUAGCCAAACGCUUUGACUUACGCUUUAUUCAUAUGCGUGAUCGAUGGGAUUGUGAACAAUUUCCUGGACGUCCGUCUAUUGAAGAUCUUAAAGAGAGAUAUUAUGGAAUAUUAACUCAGUUAGAUAAAUCACGGGGGACAAAUCUUUCACAAGGUCUACGCUAUGAUGCAGCUCAUGAACGUCGACGUAAACAACAAUUAAGUCUACUGUAUGGUCGUUCUAAAGAUCAAGUAGAAGAAGAACAACGUCUGCUAGUGGAGUUGCGUAAAAUUGAAACUAGACGUAAAGAAAGAGAACGUAAAAAACAAGAUUUACAAAAACUUAUAUCCUUGGCUGAUAGCAUAACUCGUGAUUCAGAAAUCCCCGAGCAUAUUUCCACUGGUCUGGAAGCGAAUAAUGGAGAGGAUCCUAAUUCUUGGCUAUCGUCUACAUUCGCCUCAUCAGCAUCUCUGACGAAUACGACAAACAACAAUGGCGGGGGAGCACAGCGUAAACGAGUUGUUGGCAUGGGUAGUGGUAAUGCCAGUGUUUUAUCUAAUCAGUCAUUUACUGGUUCAGAUGCUGGUUCCAAUGCUUUGAUGAGUCUAGGAGGAGGAGGAGGAACAGCAACUGCUGGUGCAUCUGGUUCAUCAGCAUUAUUUACAGGAGAGAUUUGUACUUCAUUGAAUUCUGCUUCAAAUACAGCUAACAAUGCCUUGAAUACUCAGUAUACAAUCAACUUUUUAGAAUUGGGUAAAAAUCCUGGAGUUCAUUUGCGUAGUCAAAAAAUGAAGUUACCUAGCAAUUUAGGACAAAAGAAAACAAGAAUUAUUGAAAACUUUUUGGGUCAUUUACAAAUCGAUCCUAAUCCACCGGCGACUGCAGAGAUUGUUGAAGCCUACAACAGUUUACGUAACAAGAUUCUGCUGUUAUUCGAUUUACGUCUAGCAUUAUUAAACUGUGAUUUUGAACUCCAUUCUGCACGUUUAAGAUUAGAAGCAUUUGCUCCUAACCAGCCAUUACCUCUUGAACUUGCAAGUCUACCAAAUCCUGGUAUGUCAGAAUCAUCAUCGUCAGCAGAAGAUUCCUAUUACAAUUUAAUUGAUCCUUUAAUUCUAGCAGCAUUACGUGUCGCUGAUUCCAAACGUCCAAUUCUUCCACGUCAUUCACUUGGUGUAGCUGGCACGUUGGCUGCAGCUGCUGGUAGUUUAGGCUUAUAUAAUGCUAUUAUUAAUAAUAAUAAUAACAAUAAUAAUAGUAAUAUUACUACAAAUAUAAAUACUACAACACCAGAUCUAAAACUUCGAUUAACCAAUAAUUCUCUACAAGGUUCUACAGAUUUUGGACAUAUAUCAUCCGAUUCAAUCAUGUCUACGAAUAGAUCUUCUCCAGCGUUAUCCUCAUCAUCAACAACAGCAAUUGGUGGUGGUAACUUCGAUUCAGAUAACUCAUCUUCAGCUGGAGAUAUUGUUGGUAUUGGUGGGAGUGCACAGCGUCGUAGACGAGCAGCAGCAUUAGAACAAGGACGUGUAUUAAAAAAGCUUAAAAUUAAAGGACAACUUGUAGACUAGUAUGAUAUGAUAUAAUCAGAAUUAUUACUAUUUAUUGCGUUCGCUCGUUAACAAUCGUAUAUCCGUGCGUGUGUGCGUGUUUGUGUGUACAUAUUUGUAACUUUUUCCAACUGCCACUUGCUUUAUUUCUUAUAGUGUAAUAUUUAACUUCUUUGAAUAUAUAUACAUAUAUCUUUACGUUCUAAUGGAUUCUGUUACCGCUUGAGAUUAACUUCUAAGAAUUUCUGUUAGUUUUCAAGCUGGUUCCUGAUGGAUCAGUUCCAACUGGAAUUAACUUUUACAAUUUAAUUUAAUUCAAUUUUCGAUUUUCCCGUCGAUUGAUUGAUUGAACCGUGAAGUGUUUGGUCUCAGGUUGAUAUGUCGGCUUCUCCUUGUGCAGAUGCUUCGACAAUGUUUGGGCAUAUAGUUAGAAGGGAAUUGGAGGAUAAUGGUGACUAGCAGUGGAAUCCAGGAUGUGCAUUUCGUCCUCUUUGGGACUCGCCAGUCACUGGAUGUACCUGCAUUCUACACUGAGUCAAGGAUGGUGUUUUCAGUGAAGCUCGAAGCUAGUGCCCAUAGUUUCAAACCCCAAAGCGUUAUCCACUAUUAGACCGAGCACUUCAGUCCGAUCAAUUGCCAAGAAAAUCUAAAAUUAAAUGAGAUAUUUCCAUAGUAAAAUUUAGAACAACACAUUUAAGCGAACAAUAUUGUGAUUUUAAUUAGAUCUCAUCAGGUUUAACUCUGAUAUACCUACAUAACUUUAAAAAUAAAAAUUCAAAUAUAAACCAAUCAGAGUGUUUUGUCUAUAGGAGAAUGAGAUGGUGAAUAUA